GAGGAGGAGGAGGAAGCGGCAGGGGCAGGCCCGUCCUCUGGGCGCGGUGUAGCGGGGGUGGCGGGCUGGCCGGGCCUGGCGCGUUUCAGCCGUCGACAUGCCUGGGAUAGACAAGCUGCCCAUCGAGGAGACGCUGGAGGACAGUCCUCAGACACGAUCUUUGCUGGGUGUGUUUGAAGAAGAUGCUGCAGCAAUUUCCAGAUACGUUGGCCAGUUGUAUCAAGCCAUGCACCGAAUUUAUGAUGCACAGAAUGAAUUGAGUGCAGCAACACAUUUGACUUCGAAGCUACUGAAAGAAUAUGAGAAGCAGCGCUUCCCUUUGUGGGGUGAUGAUGAAGUUAUGAAUUCUACUCUCCAGCAAUUUGCAAAAGUGAUAGAUGAGCUCAGUUCUUGUCAUGCAGUACUGUCAACUCAAUUAGCAGAUGCCAUGAUGUUUCCCAUCACCCAAUUCAAGGAAAGAGAUCUAAAAGAAAUACUGACUUUAAAAGAAGUUUUCCAGAUCUCAAGCAAUGAUCAUGAUGCUGCCAUUAGCAGAUAUAGCCGACUGUCCAAAAAGAGAGAGAACGAGAAGGUUAAAUAUGAAAUAACAGAAGAUGUAUAUACUUCCAGAAAGAAACAACAUCAGACUAUGAUGCAUUAUUUCUGUGCAUUAAAUACCCUGCAAUAUAAGAAGAAAAUUGCCAUGUUAGAACCCUUAUUAGGAUACAUGCAAGCUCAGAUAAACUUCUUCAAGAUGGGCUCAGAAAAUCUUUCUGAACAACUAGAAGAAUUUUUAACAAAUAUUGGGACAAGUGUGCAAGAAGUUCGCAGGGAAAUGGAUCGUGAAGUAGAGACAAUGCAGCAGACUAUAGAAGAUUUGGAGAUAGCCAGUGACCCUCUGUAUUUGCCUGACCCUGAUACCACAAAAUUUCCGGUCCAGAGGAACCUUACUCGAAAAGCUGGCUAUCUCAAUGCAAGAAAUAAAACAGGGCUGGUGUCUUCUAGCUGGGACAGACAGUUUUACUUCACACAGGGCGGAAAUCUGAUGAGCCAAGCAAGAGGAGAUGUAGCUGGAGGGCUUGUCAUGGAUCUGGACAACUGUUCAGUAAUGGGUGUGGAUUGUGAAGACAGAAGAUACUGCUUCCAGAUAACUUCUUUUGAUGGCAAAAAGUCUUCAAUUUUGCAGGCAGAGAGCAAAAAAGACUAUGAAGAGUGGAUAUGUACGAUAAACAACAUCUCUAAACAGAUCUACCUAAGUGAAAAUCCUGAGGAAAUUGCUGCACGUGUAAAUCAGUCGGCUUUGGAAGCUGUCACUCCCUCUCCUUCCUUCCAGCAGAGACAUGAGAGCAUGAGGCCCACUGCACAAUCUCGCCCUCCCACAACUCGCACUAGCAGCACUGGAUCUUUAGGGUCUGAUUCAGCAUCUUUAUCAGCACUUUCCUUGGACUCGCUUGUUGCACCUGACACUCCUAUACAAUUUGACAUCAUUUCUCCAGUAAGUGAAGAUCAACCUGGUCAAGCAAAAACCUCAGGGCAAGCAGGCAGGCGUACAAAUCCUUUCGGGGAAUCUGGUGGAACCAAAUCAGAAACAGAAGAUUCUAUCCUGCAUCAGUUAUUUAUUGUAAGAUUCCUUGGAUCCAUGGAAGUAAAGUCAGAUGAAAGUUCUGAUGUUGUUUACGAAACUAUGCGCCAAAUCCUUGCAGCUCGUGCUAUACAUAAUAUUUUCAGAAUGACAGAGUCACAUUUACUCGUCACGUGUGACUGUUUAAAGUUAAUAGAUCCACAGACGCAAGUGACAAGACUCAGGUUUCCUUUGCCAAAUGUAGUUCUGUAUGCCACACACCAGGAGAACAAGCGCCUUUUUGGAUUUGUGCUUCGAACUUCAGCAGGGAGAGCAGAUAGCAGACCAACAUCUGUCUGCUACAUAUUUGAAUCAAAUAACGAAGGGGAGAAGAUUUGUGACUCUGUGGGACUUGCAAAACAGAUUGCAUUUCAUGCUGAAUUGGACCGUAGAACGUCAGAAAAGCAGAAAGAAAUAGAACGAGUAAAAGAGAAACAGCAGAAAGAACUUAGUAAACAAAAACAAAUUGAAAAGGAUCUGGAAGAGCAAAGCCGACUAAUAGCUGCUUCUACUAGAUCCAGCCAGAGUGUUGGUGAAGGUCAGUUUGUAGUCCUUAGCAGUAGCCAGUCAGAAGACAGCGACUUGGGAGAGGAUGGGAAAAAGAAACGAGAAUCGGAAGCGUGAGAUGACUUCAGUUAAGCCUUUUGGACAUGGUGUCUUGUGAUAAGCUCUACGUCUCAGAAGAAACAAAGGUGGCGGGUGUGCUUUAUUAGAUGAGACGGAAUACUCUGAACCAUUAGGGUUUGAUUUUUCUUAAACUGCCUGCUUAACAUAAUGUGGACUCUUUCCCCUGUCAUAUGGAACCAUGGUGAAACGUCAGUGAUUUUAGCAGAAUUGUAUUUCACAGGAGUCUUUUUCUUAUGUUUUUGUCCAAAUAUCAUUAGGAGAUUGACAUCAGCUAAGCAUAAACAAUAGGUAGAAACACUCUAUUUCUGUUCUUGACUCCCAGAGGGCAUAACUGUAGUUAAUAUGUUUUGGUAAAAUAAAAUGCCUUGCAGAGUCUUCAAAUGCUGAAAAAGUUAUCUGAUGUCUAGUCCAUGAAAGUUUAUGCCAUAAUAAAUUAGUUUUUAAGUGGUCACAAGACUCUUUGUUCAAAGUCUGUCUUGAUUCCCUGGCUUCUUUUCAGCUAUAUUUCAGAGCAAUUAUGUGAUGGGUAACAAAGACAGACUUUUUGGAGUUGUGGGAUGUAGCAACAUUGGGCAGGCUUCUACAGGGAAUUAAUGCUGGUGGAAGCUGCUUUUGCAAGCAGAUUUGGAUGGAGAUGAUUCUCCUUUCUUUCAACAGCUACCUUAAAAAGGGGGGAAUCCUGAUGCUAGCACUAGUACAAUGUUGGGUGCAACCCACUCUUUGUACCUGUAAUGUUGUAUAAAUAGACUGUUGCAUGUCUAGAAGAGACUGUGUGUAUAUCUGUCACACAGUUUUCAAUAUAUCUCUUAACAGUUACUGACAGUAAAAGAAAAAAAUCUUUGAGUUUCUCAUUAUCAGAAUAGCCUGAAAAUAUGUGGUGAUGAAAGAAGUGUUUCAUGGGGACUGCAUCAGUUAACAAUUGCACAGUGUCUUUGCUGAACAGUUCCACGUGCAAUAUUGGCAUGAGUUGCAUAAAUCUACUGAGCCACUUAAAAAUUACAGUGGUGCUCCUCAUAUGACUUAAAUAUUUGUAAUUAGAAAAAAGUUUCAUUAUGGUAUCAAACAUGUGUUGAUCCUCCAUCCCCACAAGUUAAGACAGAGCAACAGCUUGGAUCUGAGAUCUGCUUUCUGUGGAUAGAAGGUGUCUCAGAAAAUGCCUUUGCCAGUCUUUGACGAGACCUUCCAUCCCUUAGGGCACCGCUUACGUCAAGGUCUGCUCUUGGUACAGUGAGCUGGGGAUAUUUGCUUCUGUCAGCUUCCUUAAAACACUCAUAUAUCUAGAUCCAACCAAUUCUAUCUGAUUUUAUGUGCUGAAUCUCUUGUUUUAUGCAUUUUUUAAAAGUAGAAAUAACUAAUCUGUUGGAGCCUAUGGAUGCAUCAGUUUUUAUGUUAUCCAGUUCUUUUCCUAAAGUCUUCUUUUUAAAGGCAAUCAAAAGAAUGGCUUAGUAAUUGGUGGAAGAAACCAAUGUUGCUGCUCCUGAGCUUUUGGCAUCUACUUCUAAUGAUGAAGUAACGAAGCACUUGUGUGUUCUGUGCUGUCAAAGUAGGAACUGACUUGUAGCAACCCUAAUAGGGCUUUCAAGUUAAGAGGGAUAUCA